CAAAAAAAAAAAAAAACUUCAUGAUUAAAAAACAAGCCAUAGCAUGUGAUUUAUUUUCGUUUGUAAUAUAAUCAAAUGUCACAAAAUGUUUUGGGGAAAAUGAGAAGACACUUCUAUUAUUGUGAAAGGUGAAUUCUGUUGCAGAACAAUGUGUCAAUCACUACCACCAACAGGAGAAAAGCGCUGAUGUCGUGUUUAUUAUUUUUUUUAUUAGAGCCAAGACCGUUUUUCUUCAUGCAUGUAGUUUGAGGCUCACAAUCUCCUAAAAUAAUCAUAACUUGAUGAUCUUCUUGUCCGGUCAGGACUUUCCGAAAAGGGCGGUGUGUAGUCAGCUUACAGGAAGUGUUCGCGUUAGUACUUCCACUCACAGCUAGCUAUAUAAAGUCCACAUUUACAGCCGGUUCCAAAUAAACUUGAGAGAAGCGCUACAGAAGACAAACAUCUCACAAGCCGGAAUCAUCAACCCUAUGCCGGUGUUUUGACGCCACCCCGACCCUCAGCUGAAUGGUAGAGCAUUGUGCGGGUUUUUGGUAACCGCUCCAUGCUGAGAUGGCUGAAGUCAUUCUGGCGGAUCUGGUUCAUCCUAACUGUCCUCGGUACAGCCAGUGCGUGGAGAAGCGCGUGAACAAGUUGCUCAGCGCUCUCGGAAGUGGCACGAGCGAGCCCGUUUACCUCAUUGUGCAGCAGCACGCGGACUGCUCGGAGGAAAUCACCGAGAGCUCGCUUUUGGAGAAAUGCGCCGGUCUGAACAGACGUGUGCACGUGCUAACCGAGAGCAGUUCCGUAGCCGCGCUGUACGCGUUCAAGCGCGCCGCGGACCAGCUGACUGUUACGCGAGUGCACGUGAUGACGUGCAGCGCGCGGCGCGCCGAGCUGCAGGAGUGUGAGCAGCAGCUCUUCACCGAGCUCUACACCUUCACCUACAGCAGCGUGCUGGACUGCAACUCCUGCCCAUUCGCACAGAUUACCAACUGCUCCCAGUUUACCCAGCACACCCAGUUUAAAGAGCAGAUCAGCGACUUCCUACAGCGCCUCCCAGCGCUCCGGGGAGAAAUCACCCUCCUGAAGUCUUCACUCAUCCCAGACUGCUUUGCACACGGUUUCACCACAAGAACAGGAGGAAUUUCCUACAUAAACACACUGGGCUCUCUAAACCUGUUCAGCAGUUCCCGUCGCAGAGACUCACGUGCCGUAGUGGCUGAGAAUUUACGCCGGCUUGGCCAAUAUGCUGGCUUUCAGCCUCACCACUUCCACCUCUCCAAGGUUAACCAUGCCAAUGAUGUGUGGGUGAUGAAUAAACCAGAACCCGAGACCUAUGAUGGCAUUGUGACUAAUCAACCAGGUGUUGUAAUAGCAGCCCCAGGAGCUGACUGCAUGCCUCUGCUUUUUGCUGACACUGUGAAGAAGGUCAUUGGAGUAGCACAUGCAGGCUGGAAGGGAACGCUCAUGGGAGUUGCCAUGGCAACAGUAAAUGCCAUGGUGCGGGAGUUCGGCAGUGAGCUUGCUAAUGUAGUAGCUGUGAUUGGACCUUCUGUUGGACCCUGCUGUUUCAUUCUGGAACAAAAUUCAGCUAGAAAAUUCCAAACUAUCCACCCAGACUGUGUCAGAGACAUGGAGUCCCCCAUGCCUUACGUGGAUAUCAGGCUUGCCACUAGAAUUCUUCUGGAGAAAGGAGGUCUCCUACCAGAGAAUAUCCAGGAUAACACAGUGACAAAUAGACCCAACAUCACCCUCUGCACCUCCUGCAAUCCUGACUCAUUUUUCUCUCAUGUUAGAGAUGGCCUCAACUUUGGCACUCAGAUUGGUUUCCUAUGGAUUAAGGAGCCCCAUUAGCUUAAACAAUCAUAUCUGUAGAAUCAGUGCUUAUACUACACAAUUUUUGAUUACAGCUGCAAAAAGCUAUUUCUAUUAUCGUCUAUGUAUAGUACUUAUGAAUCUGAUGUUUACAUUUGGGUGUAAGAUGUAUGCAUUUAGAGAUCAAUUGAAGACUUAUUGCUUCUAUAGCAGUUACCUCAUUUCAUAGUUUCUUAAUACUGAGCCCGAGUGACUUUUUAAAGAAACAUUUUUGCAGUUUGCAUUCCAAAUUUGAGUAAGAGGUAAAUGAUGCAGUUAUUUUUAUUGUGCUGAAUGCUUUGAUGAUUUGCAACAAUUAACACACUGUUGUUUGAAUUAAGUAAUACAAACAUUUGUUAGCAGCACCUCUUGACAUUCUCCCUGUAAAUGUACACUGCAUACCACACUAAUUCACAAUUACACAAUAAUACACAAUUCUCUAGGGACCUGCGAUAUUAAUUUCCUAUAGAAUAUAAUUUUCAGUAGCUGAUCUAUGUAGGGCAGUUCAGCAUAUGUGUGCACAGUGAUGGACAGCCAUUGUACAGAAACUGCCAGAUGUACUAUAGUAGAUAUUAUUACAUUAAUAGCAAAAUAUCACUUUUAAACAUGGAUGAAAUAUAAAUGGGGUGGCUUUGCUGUUGCCUUUCAGUUCCAGGGACAACAGUUUGAUCCUGAGUUUAGAAUGGACUUUGGCCAAUGUCCAAAAGGGUUUCACCAGAGAUAUACAGUUUCCUCUUACCAAACAAAAAACAUGCUACAAGGUGGACUGCCAUUUCUAAAGUUCUGAAUAUGUCUGCAGUGUUUCCUGUGUUGGACAUCUAUGGCAUUUAAGAUAAAGCAGUAUAUAUGUAAAUACAUAAUUGAAUGAAUGAAUGAAUGGUAAAAACUGGUGUCGAUAAUAUUAACAGGAAAUUAUGCCACAGAACAACAAAUGUAAAAUCAUUUUUGACUAACUCUCCUCCUGUGUUGUGUGUACAGUUCUAGUAUGAAUGUGUAUAAUUAAAAGGAUUAAAUAUA